GGCACGCGUCCUCGUUAGUAUAGUGGACAGUAUCUCCGCCUGUCACGCGGAAGACCGGGGUUCGAUUCCCCGACGGGGAGACUUAUGCUUCCUACCAGCAGCUAAUUGUUUUACCCACAAGGACAGGGGCUUCAAGCUCGUGCUGCUCUCCAGCCGAGGUGAGCUGAGGAAGGGUUAACCUUCCCUACUACAAUGGAGGCAAUCUAAAUCAAAUUGCCAACCAAGCAGUCAUCAAUGUACCGUAAGUAAAGCAGGAUGAGUUCAUUGGUUCAUCCCUGCCUUUUGCCUUCAUCAGCAAAUUCCAGUCCAAUGUGUACACUAUGCUUUACAUCAGUAGGGCAUGCAUGCGCUGUUAAGAGCGACUACAGUUCCAUUUGAUGGUUAGUACGAGCCGGAAUUUACAGUGGCCUCUGAACCUUUCAGGAGGAUCGGCUGACCCGAUAACCCGAUAACCCUUGGAUUGUUCAAGGGCUCACUGGUGCUGGGCACCUGUGUUGCUUGCCGUCCGACCAGUCGCAAGGCACCUGCGACACCUCAAAAGCAGGUCCCACCGAGAUUUGAACUCGGAUCGCUGGAUUCAGAGUCCAGAGUGCUAACCAUUACACCAUGGCACCGUCGCAUGGCUUCCAGAGACAGCUGUCGAACACGGUCUUACAUGCCAUCAACAUGUAUGGUUGUUACUGUGCACACAACAAGAGACGGUAGGCACUAAGAAAUACCAGUGAAACAGACGACCGCAUGAAAAAGCAACUUUAACUGGCUGUCUAAAGUAACGUGGUCAGCUACGAGGGCUGAGGCUGAGAGCAGCAUGUUCAUUCUUUGCUGAGAGCAACACGUGCAAAAAGCAGGAGUCAGAGGCCACACAAACGGCACCGUCUCAGUUUAGCGUGUCAGGCACGCCCGCCGUACUACGAGCACAGUGUUUUAUUGUCUUCAUGCCGCCUGCCGUGUAAAGACUUGAUGAGUAAUCUCUGUCAGCAUCAUGUGGCAGACAACAGUGGCAGGGAAAAGCACGUCAUGUCAGAAGUGGGAUUCGAACCCACGCCUCCAGGGGAGACUGCGACCUGAACGCCAGCAGCCGCUGGAUCGUCUGUUUAGAAUUCUGUAAUGUUGAAGAUUACGGCCAAUGGCAUCUCGCUAUUCCAACAUUCUCCAACAUUCUCCAACAUUCUGGACCAAUCGCGUUGGCGAAUUCUUCCCAGCGUUCAACAUUUGACCAAUGACAGCGCAGCAAUGUUAGAGCCGAGGGAGGCGGGGCGAGGGUAUCCUUUCGCCAUUUCGGGUCACUGUCAUUACGUCCGAAAUUUUCCACUCGCUACAUGUAUCGAAAUGGCAAUGUCUUCCAAGACAAAAUCGCACAAGGCAAUGUCCGACUCAGAGUGGAUGUCCCGUCUGAGAAGGUUUGCCAGCACUGGGUCCUGGCCUGCAGGUGAAGGCAACAGACCUGCUCCCAGGCAGAAGAAAUGGUUUGAGCUGUAUCAGAGGAUUGAGAAAUGUCCGAUGCAGACUCAUGGACAGAGGUCAUUGUUUGGGCAAGAGAGGAAGUGCCAAUGUGGAUUUCAUCAACCAAAGCCAUCCACACCAAGUGUUGCUCCGCGGACUGGAGGGCAACCAGCUGCAGCUGUGGGUCAAGUCCAAGGCCCUGUGGGGCAACAGAUUGCAGCAGCAGGGGACCCUGUCCAGAGGGUAGCAGCUGGUCCUCUGGUGGGUUCCGUAGCUGUUCAACAGGCUCCACCAUCCAGUCCAGCCCAGAGUGCUCCAGUAGUACCAGGACUGAGACCUGAGGGCCAAAAGACACGACCCAUUUUGAGUUUGGCAAUGUUUACUAAGCCAAGAUUUGGUGGAGCGCAUGUUGCUGCUGCAAAACCAAAUCUUAGCAAAGCCAGAAGAGUAACCAAGACCCAAAUCACAGUCACAGACCCUGCUGAGGAAAGUACCAGUGCUCCUUCCAGCACUCCUGUCUCAGCUUCAACUUCUCAAGCAGAGAGCCAGGCGCCAGCACCUGUCCCCAGUCCAGCACCUGUCCCCAGUCCAGCACCUGUCCCCAGUCCAGCACCUGUCCCCAGUCCAGCAGCUGUGGUUGCCACUGUGUCUUCUGCUGCUGACACUAGGACAGAAGCACCAGCUUCAACCUCCCCCCUGCCCCGUUUGUGGUCAGAAGGUUUGCCGCCCGAAGACCACAAAUGGAUUGAAAAAUCUAUCCUGAGGACGGGGCCAAAAGGGAGACUGCAGCUUCAGGACCAUCUGAAGCUGUGGCACUUUCCACCUCAGCCGAGUCACCUGUACAACCAGGCUCCAGCACCAGACCGCUUCUUUGCCCAUCCACUGUUUGUAUGGAUGCCAUACAAGUUGUGGAAGGUGAAAGUGGUCUGUCCUAAUGCAGCCUGUCAACAGCACCAACUCACAGGAGCAGGGCUGCAUAAGAGGGCACGGCGGGUCCUUGACGUGGACAGGACCUACAAUAUGGUGACAGAGACACUGACCUGCACCAAAUGUAGAGCCACCCACGUGUCUUGGAGCCAAACUGUCCUCAGGCAGCUGGACUUGGCUCACAGGUCUGAAUUCCGGGUGAUCCUGACCCAGAAAUAUGCCUGUGACAUCCGGGUGAUCCGCUUCCUGCGGGAGAGAGGUCUGGGUAACAGUCCAACACGGAUUGUUAAGCAGCUGAUGGAAAACCACUCUGAGGAGUGGCUGCAUCGGGUUGCCAGGUACACCACAGAGUGUGUGGACUUUCAGCAGCGCCCCGGACUGCUGCCCAUGACUUUCCCUGAGCCCCCUGAGCCUUCUGUGGUGCCAAGCUGCAAGUGGCUCCUGUCUGUCUACAGCCAGGACAUCUUGACAAGGCUCGAGGACAUCAAGGCCAGGAUAACAUCCACCUUUGGCACAAUUUUAAAGAUGGACUCGACCAAAAAGAUCACCAAGAAGCUUGCCGGCACGGCUAAAGGGACAGCUCUCUGGCUCACCUCCGUGGGGAAUGAGCAUGGUCAGAUUCUGAUCAGUGUGCUGACCGCUCAGGAGGGAGCUGGCCUGGACAUGAUGGCAGCAGACCUGGUACAGCGUUACCAGAAAGCUGGUGUCCAUCCCCCUGUUGCCCUGUAUGUGGACUGUGGCUGCUGCUCCAACGCUGGGGAGACCAAGCUGGAGGCCAGAUUCGGUGGGUGGCCUGACCUCAUCGUCAGGCUCGAUAUCUGGCACUUCAUGCGCAGAAUUGCCCUGGGAUGCGCAACAGAUGCUCAUCAGUUGUACCCAGUCUUUAUGUCACGCCUGUCAGCGUGCAUAUUUGAGUGGGAUGCAGCUGAUUUAGCUCUGUUGCGCGAAGCAAAAAAACAGCAGCUUCAGUCCCAGGGCAUGGCAGUCACAGAUCAGGACAUCAACAGGCAUCUGUCCAGGGGGGAGCUGGCCCUCCAUUGUCGGAGGAGAACCCGGGGUGAAGAGGCCACCACCCAGAUGCUGGAGGAGCUGCUGCAGGGGCUGACGGGGACCAGUGGCAACGACUCUCUUGGAGUUCCCCUGUUUGACAUGGACAGGAUGGAGCACAUCUGGCAUGUCCAAAGCAAGCACAUCAAAUGCAUCCAGGACCCGCCAGGAACCAGUGCCAACAGCCUGAAUUUUCAGGUUUACUUGCUUGAAGGACUCCAUAGGUGGAACCAGGACCGUGGUAGUGCUGCCCUGUCGGCUGGACCAUCUGCUUUCCGCAGCUACUCGGGUGACCUGCUUCACUGUGUGAACAGGAACUAUGAGAAGCUGUUUGGCAGGAAGGUGGUCCCAGAGUUCUGUCCACCCUCCCCUUACACUGGAGAGCUCAUAGGGCUGCAGUAUCUGUUCCGGCAGACUGGUCAGGCACUGCAGGAUAUGCACCCUGAUUCGGAGGAGACUGCUCAGAUGGUGGAGGAGCAUAAUGUGGAGGACAAUGAGGAGGAAGAUGAGGGGUUUGCCGAAGCAGCAGAGGACCCAACAGUGCUGGACCAGGAAGCUCUCCAUGCCCCUGCCACUCUGACUCCUGGCCUGAGCUCUAGUGUGUCCACAGCUCAGCUCACCUCCUCCACAACAGCUCCUUGCAGUUCCUCCAGCCAAGCUUCGAGCACCUCCUUCAUCCCAGCUCCUAGCACCUCCUUCGGGACAGCUCCCAGCCCACUGGCCAUAGCUCCCUCUCCUGGCCCAUCUGCAGUAGCCUCUGCUUCGUCAUCUCUGGUCUCAACUUCAUCCUCUGAGACUGGAGUUGAUAUGCAGCCUCAUGAUGAUGAUGUGGCUGUGGACGAGCAGAAUGUCCCUGGCUACCAGAACGUGGACAGACUCGCUGAGUUUUGGUGGAGCUUUGGAGUCAGACGUCCCUGUGUCUCACCAACCAGCAGGCCAGCACCAUCAAAGGCCUGUGGGACAGCCUCAACGAGCGGGACAGGCAGCGGGUGGUAUAUGCUGCUCGACACCAGGACAGGCUCCUGACUGGAAGGUUUAGAACA